GUUAAACUCAUCGUGGGAGGAUUCACACCAGCUUGAGUGUUUUCAGCAGAUAGUCUUUUGACUCAACAACUGAAGAAAAUGUUUCAUAUGCUUGUUUUGUUCUGUUUGUGCUGGUGGAGACUGAUUGGUGUGUUUGGUGAUUCAGUGUCAGUGAUGGAGGGAGAUUCUGUCACUCUAAACACUGAUGUUACUGAACUACGUGAAGAUGAAGACCUACUGUGGAAAUACGGAGCUGAAAAGUCUCUCAUAGCUAAAAUCAGCAUUGAGAACCGAAUCUUCUCCAUAUAUGAUGAUGUUCUUGAUGGGAGAUUCAGAGACAAACUGAAGCUGGAUCAUCAAACUGGAUCUCUGACCAUCACAAACAUCACAACUGAACAUGCUGGAGUUUAUCAACUAGAGAUAAAUGGAGCGAAACUAACAACAAAAACAUUCAGUGUUUCUGUCUAUGCUCCUCUGCCCACUCCUGACAUCACCAGAGACUGUUCAUCAUCAUCAUCAUCAUCAUCAUCAAAUUGUUCAUUGGUGUGUUCAGCUGUGAAUGUGAGUCAUGUGACUCUCUCCUGGUACAAAGGAAACAGUUUAUUGUCCAGCAUCAGUGUGUCUGAUCUCAGCAUCAGUCUCUCUCUACCUCUGGAGGUGGAAUAUCAGGAUAAAAACACCUACAGCUGUGUGCUGAACAAUCCCAUCAGCAACCAGACUCAACAUCUGGACAUCACUCAACUCUGUCACACAUGUUCAGGUCUACCAUUAUUGUACAUAGUGCUGAUCUCUGCUGCCGCUGCUGGAUCUCUGUUGAUUGUAGUCGUGAUCUGCUGCAUCUGCAGGAGAUGUAGAAAAACAGACAAGACAUGGGAGGAAGACAGAACUGAUUCAGCAUUGUGUAAACCAACAACACGACAAAAGAAAUCAAAGACGGAGUCUGUGUAUGAAAAUGUCCCCAAAAAACAAUGAUCAAAUACUGUAUCUUUCUAGUGGAACUGAUGUUAGAGCUCAUACAGGUGCUGAACACACCAAGCCGAUACCGACAAACUAGUGGCAACGAAAGCAGACUGCGGGGUUGGCUCAUGUCGGCAGCGUCUGGGUCCAAAGUUGCCCUGACACACCAAACCAACGCUCGACACCCGACGGACGAGUAACACAUCCGUUCUGCGCCUGCGUAAGAUGAAAUGCUUUUCCGUACCAGCAGGUGGCAGUAGCUGAACAGCCAAUCAGAAUGAUCAGAUGGCCAGACAGACCGACGAGCUCCGACGCCGAUUCGGCCGAAAAAAAGCCAACCAGGACUAACUUCACCCGACGAUGUGGAAAACUGGCUGACAGUCAGACCGACCGUCGGCUUGGUGUGUUCUUCACAUGUAUCUCUAUUUUGGUCUCUGUACUGUUUGUUUUUCAUUAGUCACAUGUUCUCCUUUGUUCCUUGUUUCCCGCCAUCUGUUUGUAUCCCAGGUUACUCAUUUGAUUAGUGUCCUCAGUUCAGCUGUGUCUUGUUAAUUAGUCUCGUUUAGUCCUUAGUUUGCCUUGUUCCCUGUUUCCCUUAGUCUCUGUCGGAUCUCAUUUGUAUGUGGUGUGAUAUUUUCUCCUGGUUCCUUGAUUCAUUUAUUAUUAUUACCUCGUCGUGAGUGUUUACACACCAUGGCUUAUAACAACAGGACAAUGCCUCACGUUUUUGGUUUUAUUCACAUUAAUUCUAUGAUAGGAUGUCUAUAUUUGUUUUUGCUCAUAUGCACAUAGUUGUUAUUGUAUUGUUUGAAAUGUUGUUUCUCUGUAUUAGUUUAAUUUAGUGGUGCUUAAAACAUGCAGAAACUCAACUAAAAUGUGCUGUUUUUAUCUUAACAUAUGGAAGUUUAUCUAACUUUAAUUAUUAAACAUUGAUCCCACCCUUCA